GUUUCUUUUUCUUCUAGAUUAAAAAUGAUCAUAAACCUGAUUUUUCUUGCAUGGCAAUGAAUGGUAAAGAAAGGGGUUCCGUGUCAAAAAUUGCUACAUUUAGCUUACAGUUACAUAAAUACAGCUUGCAUAAUUAUCUCCUAAGGGAAUGAUAGAAGCCUCUGCUUCCCCCAGGGUAAACUUUGUUAUUGCAAGGGAAGGUUCUUUACCAUGAGAGUGGUCAUAGAGCAAGAAUAUGAGGGCUGGGAUGUGACACUCAACACACCUAAACCCCUAUUUAACCACUGUCUGACAGGGAAAUAGAUAGAAAAUUGUGAAACCACCUAAUUUAUGAAACAUGAUAAUCGUGUCAGUUGAUAGUAGUGGUACAUUCAGACUAGUUAUGUAAUUACAUGAAAUAUGUUUUGCUUAAAUUAUGGAUGAACACUGGUGCCUAGUAGUUAUUGUACUACAGUCAUAAGGGUUGAUGUUCAGGACUUGUCUCUACAUGUCCAUAGAGCUUUGCCCAGACAUGUACUAGAUCAGGAAAGUAGGAAGGCUUUAUGAAUCACUGGCUGAUGACUGGCUGUUAAAUACAACUGCAGCGUCCUCAAUACACAGUCCAGUUCCUCCGUUACACAUAUGAAAACCAGAACAACCAUGGCCAGUUGUAAGUGCAUCCUGAGCUCUCCGGAGAAAAGUCCUGCCAGGCAGAACCUGUUUGGCCCAGUUGACCAUGAGCAGCUGCAGCAGGAGUAUCAGGACACCCUGCGCAGAGACCUGGAGGACGCCUGUCGCCGCUGGGGCUUCGACUUCCUGUCAGAUAAGCCUCUGGCUGGGCGAGACUUCCAGUGGGAGGAGGUUCCGGGCACCAUGGUGCCUCUCCUCUACCUGCCCUGCCUGUUGGGUCAGGGGGAGGCACAGAAGAUCGGAGGGCCGGCAGCAUCCACAGGGAUGGUCAGGGCGGGGCCAUGGCACCGUGGCAAGGAAAACAUCCCUUGCACCCCUGAGAAGAACGGAGCCAACCUCCAGAACCUGGAGAAACCGCAAGACGAGAACAAACUGAAGAGGAAACAGACCAACCUCACAGAUUUCUACCAAGCCAAGAAGAGAGUGGUGGGUACGUCGCUUAAGUCAGGCCGGUGAUUUCAGAGACACCGUCACAGCUGCCAGGGAGCCAACAGUUGGACAAAACCACAGCAAGCACUACUUCUCUCGGGAACCGACACGCUGAACAGACUCUGAGUACAUACAGUACACUUACCUGGAGAAAUACAUAACCAAUCCUCUAAACAAACGCAGUGAAAAAUGAAACAACCUAUUUUAUUGCAUCCGUUACCGAUGCAUACUGUUUUAUUUUUAUAUCCAUGUAGGUUAACCGAUGUACUAAUGAUUUCAAGUAAGGGGGCUUGUGUUCUCCCUGUGGUAAGGGAGGGACAUUCUAAUGGUGCAUCCAUGACCAUUUGUGAGUCAUGAAAGAACAUCCUCUAAACCUUUAUGACCGUUUAGUGUAAGGAAGACUUGAAAAUCAAAGUCUGGACAGUUAAGGUUCCACAGCACUGAAAUAGACCAAUCGAAACCAUGCCUCGGUCUACGCAUAAAUCGUCUUGUUUUGAUCAUAUCUUGAAAUAAUGAAACCAUACUGUUUACGGUGCUGAGUUUUAAUCUACUGUAAUAUAGUGUCACAUUGAGAGGACUCUUGAAAAAAUGACCACAACAACACAAUAGUCUUUCCAGUUAAAAUGUUAAAAUGUAUGGAUUGAUGUUUUUUUCAUUAUGCUGUGUCUCACAAUUUAAAUAUGUAUCUCAACAUGUACUCAUAGGAAUCUACUUGAAGGGUACCGCCGUGCAUAAAAUUAUGCAAACUCCUAUAUAGAAAUGGCACCUAUUUAAUUUUUUUCACCUUUAUUUAACUAGGCAAGUCUGUUAAGAACAAAUUCUUAUUUUCAAUGACGGCUUUG